AUGGAAAAACAGAAGAAAUUCUACAGCGACGUCGUCAUUAUCGGAGCAGGCUUGUCGGGUAUCGAUAUGGCAUGCCAGCUCCAACGGCAAUUACAUGUCAGCGACUAUGUGAUUUACGACCGCGCUCGAGAAUUAGGUGGAGCCUGGGCAGCGAACAAAUACCCCGGAUGCAGUGUUGAUAUACCCGGCGCUUUGUAUUCGUUGUCAUGGUUCCCGAACCCGGACUUUACCAGUCUUUUUCCAUCUCAGAAAGAGAUAUUGUCCUACAUCCAACGCGUCGCUUGCGUGAACCAUGUCAAUGAACAUGUGAGGGUUCAGACUGAGUGGAAAGGUGCCCAGUGGGUAGAAGCCUCUGGUACAUGGCAUGUGUAUCUCUGCGAUUUGAAUACGGAAGAGGAAUUUCUUCACGAAGCCAAAGUCUUGAUCUCCGCUGUUGGGGGUUAUACAAACCCCAAGCUCCCCGCUUUGCCUGGGUUGGAGAAGUUUGAAGGCCCCGUGGUGCAUACUGCCAAAUGGAGUAAAGAGUACGACCUCCGAGGCCUCAACGUGGCCGUGGUGGGUAACGGAUGCUCUGGCUCACAGGUAGUUCCUGCUGUAAUUGAUGAAGUCAACAGCCUGACGCAGUUUAUUCGGAGCCCACAACAUUAUGUCCCGAUGCCCAUAGGCAACUAUCGAUUUGGAAAAGCACUGCGCGCUUGUUUCUCCUAUAUUCCGCUGACCUUGUUGCUUAUCCGUUGGCUGAUCUUUUGGAUUCUUGAUACAACCCUUGCGCAGUUUUACGACAGUUACAAAGGGAAAGGAAUAAGGGAAGAGAGAGCUUCUUACAGUCGGAAGUAUAUUACAGAGAACGCCCCUGAGCGAUACUGGCCUUUGCUCACGCCUGGCUAUGACCUUGGAUGCAGACGAAGGAUACUGGAUAAUCACUACAUACGGUCGCUUCGCAACCCUAGAAUGAAGUUGAUCAAGGACUCGAUUGCACAAGUUGACUCGAAAAGUGUGACAACAGGUUCAGGCGACAAAUACCCGGUUGACUUCAUCGUUCUCGCGACGGGGUUCGAGUUCACACAAUGGAAAGCCAAUGAAGUGAUAGGAAGGCAAGGAAAAUCUCUGAAACAGCACUGGGACCAUCGAGGUGGCAUUGGCGCUUACAAGACUGUGGCGAUGAACGAAUUUCCUAAUAUGUUCUACUUGCUGGGUCCGAAUGCUGGCAGUGGACACACAUCUGUCCUUUUUGCGAUGGAGUGCUCGGUCAACCUUGUUAUUGCACGUCCUAUACUCCAGCGACAGGCAUCGAUUGUCGAGGUGUGCAAAGGGGCUGAGACUGAGUGGUGUGACACCAUACAGACUGCUCUCAGCAAAACGGUAUUAGCACGCAACUGUUCAAAUAUUGACGUCCGCGACCUUGCUGAAAUGCAUAUAGCUGCACUCACAAACCCAGCUGCCGCCAAUAAGCGCUUCGUUAUUGGACAUCCGCUGUCGUUCGACGAGAUAGCUGAGUACCUUCGCAAGCUUCCUGAAUUAGAGGAACGUAUUGGGGAAAACAGUGGGAUUAUUCCCCCGGUGCCACGCUUUGACAUUGAAGAAGCCGUUGAGGUAUUCGGAGACUUGGCUCGAGGGAGGUCUAAGGAGCAGACAUUUAUUGAUACAGCUAAGCAACUCCUUAAGCUUGAACGGGCUAUACCAAAAGCAGAGAACACUGUAUAA